AUGCGUCUCCCAACAGCAGACUCCACCCACACCUCCACCCAUCUCACCUCCACCUGCACCAUGAGCUGUGAGCAGAAGUUUGUAGAUCGAACCAUGGGUGUCACACUCACACUGCGCCUCCUCAUGCACGGAAAGGAAGUAGGAAGCAUCAUCGGAAAGAAAGGAGAAACUGUGAAGAGAAUACGAGAAGAGAGCGGCGCAAGGAUCAACAUCUCUGAGGGUUCGUGUCCUGAGAGAAUCAUCACCAUCAGCGGACCCACCGAGUGUGUGUUCAGAGCGUUUACCAUGAUUACAGUGAAGCUGGAGGAGGACUUGUUAGCUCUGCUUGCUAACAGCUCUCUCUCCAGUAAAGCUCCAGUUAGCCUCAGACUGGUGAUCCCGGCCAGCCAGUGUGGAUCUCUGAUCGGAAAAGGAGGCUCGAAGAUUAAAGAGAUCAGAGAGUCUACAGGGGCUCAGGUGCAGGUAGCAGGUGAUCUCCUCCCGAACUCCACAGAAAGAGAGGUGACGAUCUCAGGUGCUCAGGACGCCAUCAUCCAGUGUGUUAAGCUCAUCUGCACCGUCAUGCUGGAGUCUCCUCCAAAGGGAGCUACGAUUCCUUAUCGACCGAGUCAAACUGCAGGAUCAGUUCUGCUGGCAGGAAACCAGGUUUUUGAAGCAUCAGAUUUUGGGUCCCAUCUGUUCUCGCUGUCACAGGGAGGAGUCGACCUGCAGCAGACUUUUGCAGUUCAGAGUCACUACGGACACAUCCCCCCGUCAGAGUUAACGAAACUCCAUCAGCUCUCACUGCAGCAGCAGAGCCAGUCAGCGGCUCAGGUUAUACCUGGAGUGGAAUCCGCUUCACAGACGACGUCUCAGGAGCUUCUUAUUCCAAAUGAUCUGAUUGGGUCAAUCAUUGGUCGUCAGGGAUCAAAGAUCAAUGAGAUCCGGCAGGUUUCAGGAGCUCAGAUUAAGAUCGGCAGUCAGAUUGACAGCAGCAGCGACCGCCACGUCACCAUAACUGGCACGCCCAUCGCCAUCAACCUGGCCCAGUACCUCAUCACCUCAUGUUUAGAGACCGCCAAAUCCACUGCCCAGUCCUCUUCCAUGUCGUCUCCUGUUGACCUGACCAUGAGCUUCACCCAGCCUACCCCCCCUACCUCCGCCUCGUCCUCCUCCUCCCCCCCCCUGGCAGCGAUGGGCACCUCCUUGCCCCACGCUCCCAUCGUGGGCGCUCACUACGCCCUCCCCCUCUCCAGCCUGCUGGGGGUGAAAUCCAUCCCUUACCUGGCCCUCUCCACCCCUUCUGCCUCAGCAGCUACUGCAGCGAUCGGUGCUCCCAUGAUGCCCGGCUCCCUGCAGACCUCAGGGACAGCAGCCAUCCCGGUUCAGGCUAACAUGGCAGCAGCACUGGCGUCCUACACGGCGAAGAUUUCAUCAGCUAUCGGGAUGAAGAAGCCAGAGAGACAGAAGUUCUCUCCGUACUGAUGAGACAACAAGUUUUCACCUGUGAGCAUGCUUAGGAGGAAAGUUUCAGGUGACGGGCAGAUUUUAAGUUUUCACUGUGAUUAUUUUUCUUUAUUCAGACCUUAAUUUGACUGAACGUCAGAGUGGGACGACUGGAACAAGUUCAAAAUAAUAAGACACAAUUGUAAACCCUUUAAAGGUUUGUGUAUGUGUGUGACUGUAUCCAGGUACAGUCACACAGAUGAGGUCAUCUCUCAGCUCUUGGCUUGACUCUUUCUGGGGUUGUUAAUAACUUGAAUAUGUCACAGAUCAGCUGACCAAACAGAGCAAGAUGUAUCAUCUGAUGAUCUGAACACUGUGAGGAUUACACUUCCACUUCCUCUAACUUCUUAACAAUCAAAGGCCUAAGCCAGACUCACAAUUAGUUCUUUAAUUUGAAAG